CUGGGCCAGAGUUGCCGGCGACGGGGUCUGAAGGUGAUGGCUCUCACUGAAGGCCUCGAGACGGCGUUUCUCGCUGUUCCUGCCGUCGCUGCCUGGGCCUCGGUCCGCUCAUCGUCAUGAGAGGAGACAGAGCCCUGAAGCAAAGAAAUCACAGAACAAGUAUUCAAGGGCCAUGCAAGCCAACUGUAGUCAACUGCACAGCCCUUCAGGUGCUGCAGGCAGUGAGGAUGCCUCAGCCUCCCAGUGUGUCCAAACAAGACUGACAGGAGAAGCUUCCUGUCUUUAUUCUGGAGAUGUUCAUAUCCAGAUAAGCUCCCUACCUAAAGAAUGUGCUGAAAAUCCAAGCUCCAGAAAUACAAGGUCAGGUGUCCACAGCUGUACCCAUGGAUGUGUACAUAGUCGCUUACGGAGUCACUCCCACAGUGAAGCCAGGCAACCUGAUGAUAGCGACACGGAGUAUGGAGAUCACGGCAGCAGCUCCUUCUCAGAAUUCCGGUAUCUCUUCAAGUGGUUGCAGAAGAGUCUUCCAUAUAUUUUGAUUCUGGGAGUCAAACUUGUUAUGCAGCAUAUAACAGGAAUUUCUCUUGGAAUUGGGCUGCUUACAACUUUUAUAUAUGCAAACAAAAGCAUUGUAAAUCAGGUUUUUCUAAGAGAAAGGUGCUCAAAGAUUCAGUGUGCUUGGUUACUGGUAUUCUUAGCAGGAUCUUCUGUUCUUUUAUAUUACACCUUUCAUUCUCAGUCACUUUACUACAGCUUAAUUUUUUUAAAUCCUACUUUGGACUAUUCAAGCUUCUGGGAAGUACUUUGGGUUGUUGGAAUUACAGACUUCAUUCUGAAAUUCCUCUUCAUGGGUUUAAAAUGCCUUAUUUUAUUGGUGCCUUCUUUCAUCAUGCCUUUUAAAUCUAAGGGUUAUUGGUAUAUGCUUUUAGAAGAAUUAUGUCAGUAUUACCGAACUUUUGUUCCCAUACCAGUUUGGUUUCGUUACCUUAUAAGCUAUGGGGAGUUUGGUAAUGUAACUAGAUGGAGUCUUGGGAUAUUGCUGGCUUUACUCUACCUCAUACUAAAACUUCUGGACUUUUUUGGACACCUGAGAACUUUCAGACGGGUUUUGCGAAUAUUUGUUACACGACCAAGUUACGGAGUCCCUGCCAGCAAGAGACAGUGUUCAGACGUGGAUGAUAUUUGUUCAAUAUGUCAAGCUGAAUUUCAAAAGCCAAUUCUUCUCAUCUGUCAGCAUAUAUUUUGUGAAGAGUGCAUUACCUUAUGGUUUAACAGAGAAAAAACAUGUCCACUGUGCAGAACGGUGAUUUCAGACCAUAUAAACAAAUGGAAAGAUGGAGCCACUUCAUCACACCUUCAAAUAUAUUAAGUUUUCAACUUAAUAUUAAGGCCACAAAACACUAAUUUUAUUUGGUUACAGUGACUACUGGUAAAGACAUUAGAAUGGAUUUUCAGGGCUGGAAGUUAAGGAAAAUGUUCCCAAAUGGUUUUAGAGUAUUACAGUUAAUACUUAAGUAUAUAGUCCAGUUUAUCAAAAUAUUAAAUGAAAGAUCCUAUAUUAUAUAAGUGAUGUUCAGUCAAAUGCAUAUGAAACAUUUAUUCUAUCCUUAUUUGACUUAUGAUGGCAGUGUUAAAUUGUAAAUGUGUUUUCUUGUUAAUGUUACCAAAAUGACAAUUGGGUAAUACAACUAGUGGUUUUACAGGAAUACAGGUAUUCUUUCCAGACAUUGUUUUCAGAAUAAAGAGUAUUUUUCAUAAUAUUUUAAGAUAUACAUUAUCUGAAAGUAGAAUUUUCUUUAGCAUUGACUUUUAUAAUUCCCAUUCUAAAAAUCUUAAAUUUUUUCCGAAAAUUUGUAUUUUUAAAUGAAAGCUAUAAAUGUUAUAUUUUACCUGUACAAUCAAAAUUUUCUAAGGAAGACUAAUUUACUGAGGAUGAAAUAUUUUAGUAUUGUUAUUCUCUGUAGUAUGAUUAGCAGUCAUUGAGAAUAAAAGACGAAUUCCUUUUCUUUGUGGACAUAAUACAUACAAUCCUGCUCUCAGCUUUAAUGUUCAUGAUUUUGCUUUUUGUAUAGUGCCAUGGACUUUCUUGAAUUAACUAUUAAAAUAAUUCACAUG